UCUCUUUCAAGACGUCAUCAGUCGCCGUCGGUUUGCAUUUUACAAUCAAUUUUUAAAUUAAGUCAACCGCUACAUAGUGAGUUCAUAAAUAGUCAAUACUGCAUACUAAUUUAUAGUUUAAUAUAUAAUAUUUGUAAAACACACACUCAUUAAUUCUAUGUUUAUUUGUCAUAAGUUAAAUUGUAAUAAGAAUGAUUAAAUCUGAACCCUGGACGGGAGGAACUGACGAAGAAUAUGAGACUCAGCACUUUGGCUUCGGGUGCCAAAGAUUUAAAAUCGCACUCAGAAAAAUGGUGGAACAAAAAAUUUCAGGUGGUGUAAUGGAAAUGGUAACUGCCCUGCAGACUUCCUUAAACUUAAACGAUACGGAUAAACUAACGUUACAACAUUCAUCUAACAAGCUUAUCCGUCUAUAUUGUGAGAAAGCUGGACCCUCACUUGAAAUUAUAGAUAAUGAAAUAGAUAAGUUGCUUAAAAUACCACACAAUAUCCUUUUACCAGAAGAUGAAGUACAAUUUGAUCAAGUUACAGAUGAAGGAUUUGAAAAGCUCAAGGAAGAAGUAAGUAAUCUUCAGCAAACAGUUAAGAGAGGGGCUAUGAUGGAAUCAUUGUUAACAGCAGAGGAGGAAGAAUUGGCAUCAGUUGAGGAAUUAUAUCAACUUUCUAGAAAAGAUAUGGAAGUGAUUGAUCUCCUUGAGAAAAAUUUAUCCAACACAAAAGAUUUACUCAAGACUUUGCAAAGUGAUACUGAAUUUAUAACUGCAUUAGAGCCUUCAACAAACAAAAACAAUGAUAUUCCAUAGCUAGAUGUAGCUGAUACUUUUUCUUUAUAAUGUAUAAUAAAAAUUAAGAAUAAUACUUA